AUGUCCGCAUCAGACAGUAGUGUCGCUGAAGCUGCUGCUAUCACAUUCAGCAAAGUAGUGUUUGCAAGAGUUUGGACAUUUUCAAUGAUAGGUCUUGGUGUGAUUGGUCAUAUAUUGAAUGUUUAUGUAUUUACCCGACGCUCGCUUUGGUCAAAUGCAUGUACACGGUAUUUUUUUGCGGCUACAAUAAGUGGAAUAUUAGUUGUAAUUGCAAAUGCUCCAUUACGUCUUUUGCAAAUAGGAUUUAGUAUUGAUCCAUUUGGUUAUUCGAUUGUCACGUGUAAAUUUCUCAGUUAUCUGUUAUUGGGAGUACGGCCACUUUCAUCCUGGUUUAUCGCUUUUGCUUCGAUCGAUCGCUUUUUGUGCAGUUCACGAUCUGCUACUUUACGAUCAUGGAGUUCUGUUCGAGUUGCUACACGAACUAUUAUACUUAUCACAAUCACUAUUCUGCUCAUCUUUUUGUAUAUUCCUAUUACUUAUGAGAUUCUACCAGGACGUAGCAGAUGUCCUGCAUCGCAAAGUCGUACUGCAGGUUUUAACGGUAUUUGGACUUUGAUUGUAUUCAGCUUAUGUCCACCGAUAGUUAUGCUCUGUUUUGGAUCACUAACUAUUCGUCAUAUUCGACAGCAAUUGAAAAGAGUUCAAAUUACAAACAAUGAAAAUAUUGCUCAAACUCAAUUAUCAAAAACACGACGUCAAAAGAGAACGGAUCGACAAUUAAUCCAAAUGAUGCUUGUUCAAUGUCUCUAUUUUAGUGUCACAUCGCUUCUUGUUUCAAUUAAUUGGUUUUAUGUUACAGUGAGACCUCCAAUAGUUAUAGAUGUUGUUCAAGGCGCUAAGGAUGAUGCAUUUAGUCAAAUAAGUGGUUUGAUCUCACUUGUAGGUCCUUGUACAAGUUUCUACUUGUUUACAUUGUCAAGUCAAGUAUUUCGUGAUGAACUCAAACAUUUAUUCAAAUGUCAAUGGCGUGUAUCAGAUGGAACAACCAACACGGGUAUGCAAUCUCUCCGGAUACUUCAUCAUUGA